CGACCCAGCCGAAGGGCGAUACCUACUGGAUGUUCUUGAUUCGACAAAAGCGUCCGGACCAGAGGCUGUCAGCGGGGAAAAAGCCACUCAGAAGCGAAUGAAGAAACAACUCAUCUUUCACUUCACAUACAGAGGAUUACGCACGAAAGGAAAAAAGAGUAAAAGAAGAAAAUGGAGUAUAAAUUACGAAAAGCUGAACCCAAGGACGUGUCUGAUAUAUUACGACUGGUGAAGGAACUUGCAAAAUAUGAGGAGAUGGAGCACCAGGUGACACUGACUGAGAAGGAGCUCCUUGAGGAUGGAUUUGGUGACACCCCGUUCUACCAUUGCAUCAUCACUGAAAUCCAAGGAGAAAGCAGCAGUGACGAUCCGAAGGUGGUGGGUUUCGCCAUGUACUACUUCACCUAUGACCCCUGGGUCGGCAAGCAGCUGUACCUGGAGGAGUUCUACGUGAUGGACGAGUACAGAGGACUCGGCAUCGGCUCGGAGAUCCUGCGCCAUCUCAGUGACCUGGCGAUGAAGACGCGCUGCACCGGCAUGAUGUUCGUCGUGGCCGAGAACAACGAGCCGUCGGUCCAGUACUACAAGCGGCGCGGCGCCGAGGAUCUCUCUCAGGAGGAAGGCUGGAGGCUGUUCAGGUUCGACAAGACCAGCCUCGUCAAGAUGGCCACGCCGGCCGAGGAAUGACUGGAGGCCCGGGGAGGGGAGGAGGAGGAGGAGGAAGAGGAGGAGAAGCAGCAGGAGGGAGAGGGGGAGGAAGAGGAGGAGGAAGAGGAGGAGAAGCAGCAGGAGGAGGAGGAGGAGGAGAAGCAGGAGGAAGAGGAACAUGAGGAAGAAGAGAAAAAAGAGGAAAUGGAUAAACAAGAGGAAGAGGAGAAAAAGGAGGAAGAGGAGAAAAAGGAGGAAGAGGAGAAACCAGAGGAUAAAUGAGGGUUGAUUGAGUUCAUCUAUUAAAAAGGGCAAUGUCGUAUAUUUGUGUUUGUAGUUCAUAACGUUAGCAAGCUUUUAUUUUUAUCUCUUUGCUUUCAUGCUUUUAUUUUGAAAUGUAACUCUUGAGUCAGCGAUCGUAACGUUUGAUCGAUCGUCGUCGUCAUUGAUACGUUUGAUGUUAAAAAUCGAUUUUAAAUUUACAAUAAAACAGUAACUGAUCACA